UCCUAUGAAUUAUGUGAGAGGGCGCUGCAAGUGAAGGGAAAAUGGCUGCCACAUAAAGUUUAUCGGCAGACCAUUUAUUUUAGAAAAGUGAUUAAAAAUUGCUAUUUAAGUGCUCUUUUACACGCAAAACUAUCUAAAUAAUAUGCACUAAUUGUGUGUGAACAAAUGUGGAGUGUUUCUAUCAUCGAGCAUUGUAGAAUUUCCUGCGAAUUUUGUGAUUUUCUUUUGUGUCUGACAAGCAAGCUCAUGAUGCACUUGUGAAUGAACUCAUCCAUCCGAGCCAACCGUCGACUUUACAGUGACCGUGACGACACCACAAUCGACGUCACGACGAGCCUUAACUUCGUAACAGCUUGGGCGGUAUGGCGGCCUCCACUCAGGGCGAAAUAAGAGUGGGUCCUGGCCACCAGGUAAACGAUAUCUAUGCCAAGUUACCAGAAUAUCAACCAAUUUCGAAGUACCAAUUCGACAAGGACUCUGACCGUGACCUGGAAGAUCCCCGAUGGAGUCCUGGUGUUGUUUUGGACGGUGAUUUGAUGAUGUACUUACGUGCAGCUCGAUCAAUGGCCGCGUUUCAAGGUAUGUGCGAUGGAGGCUCACCCGAGGAUGGAUGUUUAGCUGCUAGCAGGGACGACACAACAAUAAACGCAUUAGACGUUUUACAUGACUCAGGGUAUGAUCCUGGGAAAGCUCUUCAGACAUUAGUAAAGUGUCCCGUACCAAAAGGUAUCGAUAAAAAGUGGACUGAGGACGAAACAAAGCGUUUUAUUAAAGGUUUACGUCAAUUUGGAAAGAAUUUUUUUCGUAUACACAAAGAUCUUUUGCCCCACAAACAAACACCGGAACUUGUUGAAUUUUACUAUUUGUGGAAAAAGACACCAGGCGCAAAUAAUAAUCGUCCACAUCGACGACGUCGCCAAGGAUCAUUGAGACGAAUUCGUAAUACAAGGGCAACAAAUUCAACACCAAACGCCAAAAAGGAGGAAGCUCCAGAACCAUUAUUGCAGGAACAGAGACCGUCACCUGUUUCUAAAGAAGAAAACAGUUCACUAACGGAAGACGACGCUAGUGAAUGUGAUAGUGAUUCAAGUGCUACAAAUAAGAGAUCAACACCGGCUGGAAGUGAUUUUCUCGGUGACGAAUCACCAACAAGGAUGCGAACGAGAAAUAAGCAGUCGUCCAAAGAUCAGCCGAGCAACAAGAGGCCAAAACGUGGCUCUGAAACACCGGACACAACUGCUGAAAGUCCACGAACACCAAAUAAAUCAGACAAGAAAAAGAGUAAAACUGAAACACCUAACAAGGGACGUAAACGUCAGAAUGACGCUAGUGAUGAGAGUGAUGAGAAGGACAAGAGAAAGCGCUCUGAUACACCAUCUGAAAGUGGUAAUUCUGAUAGUCGUCCAGAGUCUGUUCUGGAUGAAGUGGAAAAUCCCAGAGAAUCACCAGAAGCCAAUUUGCUAAAUGUUCCUAAGGAGAUAGAUGAAAAACUCACAGAUCCUCUGUCAGUUCAAGCACCUAUCGAUGUCGCUAAUAUAAGCAAUGUCCAGGGUGCAAAGGAGCCAGAGGAUGAACCAAUAUCACUAAGCAAUAAACCUGAGGAACCAAUGGCUCUUGUGACGGAAAGUAGUGAGACAAAGAAUCUCUCUGAGGAGGAAAUAAAGUGUGUGGAAAAGAAGUCCGAUGAGGAUUCUACAUCAUCGUCAUCGGCUAAAGAAUGUCAACAGCAGCAGCAACAGCAACAACAACAGCAGCAGCAGCAGGAGAUGCUGUCAAAAAUUACCAAUAUGAAGCAAGAGGUUAAUCCACCGGGUCAGGGGAUAGCUUCGGGUGAUUUUAAUCAACAACCUUCGCAGCAGAUUCAAUCUGAUCCGGCUACAGCACCGCAGACUGAUGUAAUGUUCAUUAAACGUGAACCUGGAGAAGAUUCCCUGGAGGACAGUACAUCCAACAUCAAUUCUGAGACGCAAGAUAUCAAGUGUAAGGUGGAAAUUAAGACUGAAGGUAAGGUGCAGAUUGAUGAGAUGACUGGUGUUCAGGACAAUAAAUAUGAUCCUGAAAUGAAGCCGGCGUAUGAGGCUACAAUUAAAUUUCCGCCUACUGAGAUGGGGCCACAUGGUAUGAAAUUUGGUGUUCAAGAGGAUCCAAUGAAAUAUGGUGAUACAUUGAAAUACAGUGCUGAUAUCAUUAUGAAGUAUCCAACGGAUAUGAGUGGGAAUGUUCAUAAGUAUCAGACACCAAUUGAUGCCACAAAAUAUGGAAAUACUGGUCCAGAUGGUCCAAUAAAGUAUGAAAUGAAACCGUAUAUGGAUCAACCGCAGAAUCUCAAGUAUCCCGAAGGUGCUCUUAAGCCCUAUCCAGAGAGUACACUGAAAAUGCCACCAAAUACCCAACAACAACAAGGUCCUCCGGAUGCCGUUCAUAUGCUAAAGGGUUCCUAUCCCGGACCCGAUAUGAAGGUUUACCCACCAAAUAUUAAAUAUACACCACCACCGGCUGAUGGUAUGAAAUAUGGUGGUAGUGAACCAGCCAGUCCGGGUAUGGGUAAGGGACACUUUAAUGAUUCGGGUCCAACACCACCACAUGGUGUCCCUAGGUCACCAUAUGAUCCAAGUCCAAUGAUGAAAUUUGGUGAUCAAAUGAUGAAGUAUCAUGGUAUUGGUGGACCACCACCGAAUCAAAGUCAUAAUCCUGAAAAUCAACAGCAUUCCAUGAAAUAUCCACCAGAUGGCGGUGGUGGCAUGAUGAAGAGUCAAUUUUCAGCAGAUAAUCUUAUAAAGGGUGCCUUUGAUGCAUCCAAUAUGAAGUAUCCACCGUCAGAGAGUCCGUUAGAUGCCUCAUCGAGAUCAACACCUAAUCAGGAUAGUCAGAGCAGUAAUAGCAAUUCACAGUCACAACCAUUGCAUUUGCAUGGAAGUAUCUCAUCACCACUGUCAAAUCAGACAAUUUCACCGCUUACAACAGCAUCGCAUUUUCCACCACAGCAACCAUCUUCACUAAUUGUAAGUCAUCCGGGUCUCCUACCACCGCUACCGGCCAAUCAUCCAUCUCUAAUGAGUGCCGCAGCAUCUCCAUCAGCAGUACCACCACCACCGACAAUUCAUCAACCACUGACUAUGCCACCAACCAGUGUUCCAUCUUCCCUUAGUCAGGGCACUACUCUCAAAAUGCCAACAAAUUCUCUUCUACCGCCAUCUGGUCAACAACAACAUCCACUGCAUCGACCACAUCAGGAUUCACUAAGUGGACCUGGACAUCCACUCAAUAGUCAAACAACAUCUCCACAUUCUCACCAUCAGGCGAGUGUUCAGGGAUCCGGAGGUCAACGAAGGAGUCCGUCGCCGACAACUCUGAGUGUACGCAGUGAUAGUUCAAGCAGUGGAAUGGCCAAGGAGAAUACUGGACAUCCAGGAAGAGCUUCCCCACCACCUCCAAUUAGUGCAAUGAUCUCCAAUACUGCUAUGGUGGGUCAUCCACUUCCAUUGCACCUGAGUCAUCAUGCUGCUGGUGGAAUACCCCUGUCACAUCAUCCAGUACACCUUGGUGCACCAUUAGGGCAUAAUUCACUGCUUUCCUCGUCAAUGACACCUGGCAAUAUGCCACUGCCUCUGCUUGGAGGUCCUCCAACGGCUCUUUCCCUAACUGAUCCUGGUCGACGAACACCUAUUUCAUCAGCCAGUAGUCUUCACAUGGGUGUCGUUUCUACAUGUCAGAGCACUUCUGCUCUCACACCAAGCAGUUCUUUCAGUCGGGCCAGUCCAAGUACAGCGCCCCAACCUGUACCUCAACUACAGUCAGGUGCUUCCGGGACAUCUGGGGUACCAGGAAAUGGACCACCACCACCCCAUAGACCCGGUUCACCCCUACCUCUCACAGCUGGCCUCAGUCGCACGAGUCCCUUACAUUUAGUGCCCCAGAGUCCUAUUGCGGCUCAUCAUCCAUCUGCGGCUGCGGCUCUGUCAACGGUUGAGCGUGAUAGGCAUACAAUGCGUCAACAAUCACCACAUAUGACACCUCCACCCACAACUGCCUCCUCAUUUAUGCCCAGUCCUCUGAGCAAAAUGUAUGGGCCACCGAGUGCGAUUCAGCGGCAUUUGGGCGCUUCGCCACCACCACCUUCUCAUCACCUGCGUCCCGGUGCCUCACCACCAGUUGUUCGUCAUCCUCAAAUGCCACUGCCACUUCCGUUGAUCGGACCACCAGCUGGAAUACCUACACCAAUGGGUGUCCAUCCCGCCGCUCAGAACGCCUAUCCACAUCAUCUCAUACACCCAUCUAUGUUUUAUCCCCAUCACCAUAGUCCCUUCAACUCUCCCUAUCCCUAUCACCCGUAUGGACCUAGCUUUUCCUACAUGAAGCCUCCACCGCCCGGAGGACCUCUAGAGCCCAGUGUUAUAUCACACCAUCAGAGUGUCACGUCACGAUGUGAAGAGACACCAACGCACGUGGAGAAGCAAAUGACCAUUACCAGCUCCCAGAGUGUUCAACACAAAAUCAAGAGUCAACCACCAAAAGGUCAACAGAUACCAACUACGGGUGGUAGUACUCCAAGUGGUGGCAGUGGUAGUCAGUAUCCAAGUCCUGUACAUGGAUAUCCUUCAUCGCAUGGCUUUCCCGAGAGCCCAUUGUCGAGCAAAACGAGUCACAUGGAUGCUCUGCGGGCGCAUGCUCAUGCUGCCAGCAAUAAUCUGGGUGGGCAUCAUCCUGUGGAACCAGUACAUGUGGAUAUUGAUCCGGAUCCUGAACCGGAAGUUCCCAGUCCACCACAGCACAUACAACGUGGUCCUAGUCCCGAGGCGAAACCCGACGAUACUGAGUGUCAUAGAUCUCAGUCAGCAAUAUUUGUUCGACGAUGCGAUCGUGGGGAUUACAAUUCGUGUACUCGGACGGAUUUGGAAUUUAAACCGGUGGCCGGAACAACAUUGGCGAGGAAGCGUGAAGAAAGGGACAGGAAGUUGGCUGAGAGGGAACGUGAGAGGCGUCAACAGCAGCAACAACAGCAACAGCAGCAGCAACAACAACAGCAACAGCAAGCACAACAAGCUCAGCAGCAGGUCAAACUGAAGUCUGAAAUCAAACCAUUCAGCGAUACUCCAGCUCUCAGGCAACUCUCAGAGUAUGCUAGGCCGCAUGUUGCAUUCAGCCCUGUUGAACCAAUGGUACCACCAUAUCAUCCAAUGGGCCAAAUGUAUAGUAGAGAAAGAUUAAUCAACAAUUUCAGAGAAUUUGAAGAGUUGAAGAAUCAACAGGCAGCUGCUGUUGGACCAACAAAUCCACAUUGGAUGGAAUUCUAUCGCAUGAGAGGUAUACAUCCUUCGCAAUUUCCUCUUUACGGAAAUCCAGCUGCUAUAUCGCAAUUGGAACGAGAAAGACUGGGUAUUCCACAACCUCACCAUGUUGGACUCGAUCCCAAUGAUCCAAUGAUCCGCCUGACGGGCGAAUAUCAUGCUCAUUCUCACACACAUUUGCACUUACAUUCGCAACAACAACAGGAAGCCGCUGGAUUUCAGCUACCACCAAAUGUUCCACCAUAUACUCGUCCGAAUGUAUUAUUGCCUAGAGAGCCACAUCCUGAUGUUCUUCUGCGUAUGUCCUACGCUGAUCAGAUCCAGGCUGCUGAAUUCCAACGUCUCGAUCGGGCACAUUCAUUUCACGAGCAGUACUUUCGGCAUCACGAAAGAGAAAUGAAAGUUAGAGCACUUGAGGAAGCAACGCGUGGAAAACAUUGAAGUUUUUUUUAGCAGUUUUAAUACAAUUUUCUAUGUAGGGGAAAAGGUGGAAAAUAUUGCUGAAUAGAACUACAUUCCCCGUGAUAGAAACUUUAUAAGAGAUCGUCACAAUGUCUAAUAGUGUAUUUGUAUCAUAAUAUUAUGAUAACAUGACAAAGUGCAUAAUUUUUUUUGCGUGUAUGUGAGAGGGAGAGAUAAAUUGUGAAUUGUGGAAAUAUUGCAAUUUUUGGGUGUGCAUUUAAUGAUUGAGGUGAAGAAAAUCUCUGAACAUUGAUAGAUUUGUGAACAGAGAACCAAUAUAUUUAGAAAGAAUACAAUAUAAUUAAUGAGAAUUAAAAUUUAUUGAUAAUAUAUUUUGUGUUCUAAAAGUGAUGAUUAUGAAUAUUUUAAUAUUUAUAUUAAAAAAAUUCAUUUAAUCAUGUUUGCAGCAAGAAGAAAUCACAAAUGAAAAGGAGACCAUAAAUCGAUUUUUAAAUGAAUUAUCUUUUAGAUUUAGGGGUUUAUAGAAAACAAAAAAAAAAGAAAAUGAAGAGUAAAGUAGCGAAUUCUGUGUUAGAGGAUUUUUUGUUUGACUGGUUUUGCUUCGCAUUUAGCACAGCUACAUGAUGAUUUUCUGUAAAUUUAAUACAAUUUAUCUUUUAAAGGAAAUCAGUAAACUCUACGCAGAUGUCAACAGUCAUUAGCUUAAAUCAGGUUCAUUAUCUUAAAAAAAAGUUUAAUUUAAAUUGCAAGUUUUUUUUUGGUAGCUGGACUCUGCGAAGUAAACCACAAAAUUAAUCAUCCUCUGAAUUAUCUUUUCGUGUGAAUGAAAAACAUAUUUUAGAUAUGUGAAAACAUAUUAAUCGACAAGAAUAAUAAACAAAUUUAUAUCUGAGUAAAUUAUAGACAUUAGUAAUAUUAUUUUAAUGACAAAAAAAUAGGAAAAAAACCUUUAAGCGAGUUGUAAAGUAAAAAAAAGAACGCUUCUAAUAAUUUAAUAAUAUCAAAACAAUGUAAAAAUUAAUCUAAGAAAGUUUGAUAAAAAAUUAUUUGGGGAUUCUUUUCACAAGAAAAUCAUUUUAAUCAAAGGGAGAAAGGAUUUGACUUAACACGGAAAAUUUGGCCAAGAAAAGUAAACACUUUAAUAGGCUUGCACAUUUGAAUCCUAUACUUACAGUAUUGCAAUGUUUUCAGCAUAUUUCGUGAUUUUGUUCAAGGCUUAAUUUUGUUCCCUGGUUUAUUGUGUUCUUCCUAGAGAUUUUUCCUUUGAUAUAAACGCAUAUAUAUACAUUUUUUAAUCCAAUGAAGGAUGUAGAUUUAACUUCUGAAAUUUACGAGUAGUCUGAUAAAAUCGUCAGGCAAAGUGUUAGAAGAUCCUUUCCUUAGUAAGUAUUGGGUUUUUGAGUCUAAUUUUGAAUCUAAAUGCCUAUACAAGUGGCAAGAAAAAUGUGUAUUUUGUGUUUUAAUUUAAUAAUGUAUACAUUGUAUAUCUAAAAAAAAAGAAUUAUAAACAGAAAAGUCCAAAGUUGGAUUGUUUUUGUAAAUAAAUUAUGUUCAUCAUUUUAUGUCAAAAUAAGAAAAA